AUGGACCAUCGGAUUUCCUCGUAUCCUGAGGAACCUCAGACUGUGCGGGACCGGGCCGGCCUUCCAACUGGGAAGAGCUUCUCCUGUCCUGAGUGCGGGAAAUGUUUCCAAUAUAAAUCCAGUCUUAAUAGGCAUGAAAGAUCUCACACGGGGGAGAAGCCAAAUUCCUGUCCUGAGUGCGGGAAAUGUUUCCAAUCUGAAUCCAACUUAAUGCACAUAAAAGAUCUCACACGGGGGAGAAGCCGUAUUCCUGUCCUGACUGUGCGGCAGAGGUCUCACACAGGGGAGAAGCCGUAUUCCUGUCUAGAGUGCGGGAAAUGUUUUUCAAAGAAGUCACAUCUUCACUCACAUCAAAGAUCUCACACGGGGGAGAAGCCGUAUUCCUGUCCUGAUGCGGGAAAAUGUUUUUCAGAGUACUCCAGUCUUCACACACAUCAGAGAUCUCACACGGGGGAAAAGCCGUAUUCCUGUCCUGAGUGCGGGAAAUGUUUUUUCACAGAAGUCCCAUCUUCAUUCACAUCAAAGAUCUCACACGGGGGAGAAGCCAUAUUCCUGUCCUGA